AGUCCGUGUCCGUCGACCAAUAGUGACGGCAAUAAAGAAGUGACGGUUAACUCAAAAUUAGAUGACAUCGAAAGGGCAGAGAAAGAAGAGGCGGAGAGAAAGACUAAACUUCAGUUAUAUGUGUAUGUGUUGAGAUGUAUUGCCUAUCCGUUCAACGCUAAACAGCCCACGGAUAUGACCCGUCGGUGCAACAAAAUAACUCCCUCACAGUUGGAGCAAAUCAUCGCUCGCUUUCAGUCAUUCCUUAAGGGAGAGCUUCAGAUUCCGGCCGACGAAGCCUUUCAGAACGCAAUCCAAAACUAUUUCGAAGCCUUUCUUAAUAGUGAUCGACUGGUGCUUAUGGUUCAGAGCGGCGCCUGUUCUUCGCACGACUUCCGGGAAGUGUUUCGAAACAAUAUCGAGAAACGAGUCCGAAGUUUGCCUGAGAUCGACGGUCUCAGCAAAGAGACUGUAGUCACCUCUUGGCUCACAAAGUUUGACAGCAUAUACCGGGGCUGUGACGACGACGUGAAGAAGUUGACGGGAACCAAAAUGCAACAGUACCAACAGCAACAGCAACAAAAUCUCGCCUCCGAACUCAUCCUCAGUAAAGAACAACUCUAUGAUAUGUUUCAGAACGUCCUCAACAUUAAGAAGUUUGAACACCAACUCCUCUAUAAUGCCCUUCAGUUGGAUUCGGGUGAUGAACAGGCGGCUGCCAUCAGGAGAGAGUUGGACGGAAGAGUCCAGAAAUGCAAUGAAAUGGAAAGGAAUCGGAAAAUAAUGCCAAAGUUUGUGCUCAAAGAAAUGGAGUGUCUGUUCCUGGAAGAGGUCCGGUCUUCGAUCAACCAAUUAAUG